ACUUGUAAAUAUUCAUCAACUUCAAUGGCUUUUCAACACCACCAUCUUUAUUUAAUAACUCCAAGUGCCACUCCAUCAUUUGCAAAACCAAUUCAUCAUCUCACCAAUUUACUUCAACCAACUCACCAUUCACCAACAAUGGCUAUGGCUUUCAAGAUGGCUACAACUGGGAUGUGGGUGACUGAUGAGUGCAAGAACUCGUUCAUGGAGAUGAAAUGGAAGAAGGUGCACAGGUACAUAGUGUUCAAAAUUGAUGAGAAGUCUAGACUGGUGACUGUGGAUAAAGUCGGCGGCCCAGGUGAGGGCUACAACGAUCUCGCCGCGUCGUUGCCGGACGAUGACUGCCGAUAUGCUGUGUUUGAUUUCGAUUUCGUGACGGUUGAUAAUUGCCGGAAGAGCAAGAUCUUCUUCAUUGCAUGGUCCCCAACCGCAUCAAGAAUAAGAGCAAAAAUGCUAUAUGCAACCUCAAAAGAUGGGCUGAGAAGAGUGCUUGAUGGGAUCCAUUAUGAAGUCCAGGCCACUGACCCAACAGAAAUGGGCUUUGAUGUGAUCCAGGACCGGGCCAAGUAGAAUUAAAUUUCAAAUAAAAUUAUGUGAUGUCACUUUGCUUGUGUUCAAUUAAUUAAUAACUCCCACCACCAGAAGCGCUCUUGGCUUUUUUCUAUAGGGUUUUGGCACUAAUGUAAGUUAAUAUCAUCUAAUCUCAUGUAUUAUUAUUAAUAAUUAUUAUUAUGCUCUUUGUGCUAA